GCCCCGGAGCAGCGCCCGCGGCGGCCCGGCCCCUCCCCUGCGCGGCUCCCCGCGCCCCUUGCGCGCCCUGCUGCUGCGCGCCCGGCCCCAGCAUGGAGACGGCAGAGAAGGAGUGCGGCGCCCUGGGCGGGCUCUUCCAGGCCAUCGUCAACGACAUGAAGAGCUCCUACCCCAUCUGGGAGGACUUCAACUCCAAGGCUGCGAAGCUCCACUCUCAGCUGAGGACCACCGUGCUGGCUGCUGUGGCCUUCCUAGAUGCCUUCCAGAAAGUAGCUGACAUGGCCACCAACACCCGAGGGGCCACGCGGGACAUUGGCUCAGCACUCACGCGCAUGUGCAUGCGCCACCGCAGCAUCGAGACCAAGCUGCGGCAGUUCACCAACGCGCUGCUGGAAAGUCUCAUCAAUCCACUACAGGAGCGCAUUGAAGACUGGAAGAAGUCAGCCAACCAACUGGACAAGGACCAUGCGAAAGAGUACAAACGAGCCAGGCAUGAAAUCAAGAAGAAGUCAUCGGACACACUGAAACUCCAGAAGAAAGCGCGCAAAGGGAAAGGAGACCUGCAGCCUCAGCUGGACAGCGCACUGCAAGACGUCAAUGACAUGUACCUGCUCCUGGAAGAGACAGAGAAGCAGGCGGUGCGCCGAGCGCUGAUCGAGGAGCGGGGCCGCUUCUGCACCUUCAUUACCUUCCUUCAACCUGUGGUGAAUGGCGAGCUGACCAUGCUGGGAGAGAUCACCCACCUGCAGGGCAUCAUUGACGACCUGGUGGUACUGACCGCGGAACCCCACAAGCUGCCUCCCGCCAGUGAGCAGGUAAUCAAAGAUCUGAAGGGCUCUGACUACAGUUGGUCAUACCAGACACCACCCUCAUCACCCAGCAGCUCCAGCUCCCGGAAGUCUAGCAUGUGCAGUGCCCCCAGCAGCAGUAGCAGUGCCAAGGGUGGCGGAGCCCCGUGGCCUGGGGGUGCCCAAACAUACUCACCCAGUUCCACCUGUCGCUACCGCAGCCUGGCGCAGCCGGCCGCCACCCGCCUCUCCAGUGUCUCUUCCCACGACUCUGGCUUCGUCUCCCAGGACGCCACCUACUCCAAGCCCCCUUCGCCCAUGCCUUCAGACAUCACCAGCCAGAAGUCCUCCAGCUCUGCGUCCUCCGAGGCCUCAGAGACCUGCCAGUCGGUUAGCGAGUGCAGCUCCCCCACCUCGGACUGGACCAAGGCCGGUCCCCAUGAACAGCCCUCGGCCACCGCCCUGCAGCGGAGGAAAGAUCGCGUGGAGCUCCUGCGAGACACCGAGCCAGGCCCUGCUGGUGGGGGCACCGUGGCCUCCAGCGGAGAAGAGGCGGUACCACGACCUCGGAUGUGUCCUGCCACCAUAGCAGCCAAACAUGGUGAGGAGGUGUCCCCUGCUGCCAGUGACCUGGCCAUGGUGCUGACCCGUGGACUGAGCCUGGAACACCAGAAGAGCAGCCGGGACUCCCUGCAGUACUCCAGCGGCUACAGCACACAGACUACCACACCUUCGUGCUCCGAGGACACCAUCCCCUCCCAAGGCUCAGACUACGACUGCUACUCUGUGAAUGGAGAUGCGGACAGCGAGGGGCCCCCUGAGUUCGACAAAUCAUCCACCAUCCCUCGAAACAGCAACAUUGCCCAGAACUACCGCCGCCUGAUCCAGACCAAGCGCCCGGCCUCAACUGCUGGGCUGCCCACGGCAGGGCUGCCCACAGCCAUGGGGCUACCUUCAGGUGCACCUCCUGGUGUGGCCACCAUCCGCCGCACACCCUCUACCAAGCCCACUGUGCGCCGCGCCCUGUCCAGCGCUGGCCCCAUCCCCAUCCGCCCACCCAUCGUCCCUGUGAAGACACCCACAGUGCCCGACUCCCCUGGUUACGUGGGGCCCACACGGGCGGGCAGCGAGGAGUGUGUCUUCUACACAGACGAAGUGGCCUCACCUCUGGCUCCAGACCUGGCCAAAGCCUCCCCGAAGAGGCUCAGCCUGCCCAACACAGCCUGGGGCAGUCCAUCCCCAGAGGCAGCUAGCUACAGCGGGGCUGGGGUUGGGCUGGCCGCUGAGGACGAUGAAGAGCAGCAGCUGGCUGCCAACAGGCACAGCCUGGUAGAGAAGCUCGGGGAGCUGGUGGCUGGCGCCCAUGCCCUGGGCGAGGGCCAGUUCCCCUUCCCUACUGCUCUGUCAGCCACCCCCUCCGAGGAGACGCCCACCCCACCCCCUGCCGCCACCAGUGACCCCCCGGCCGAAGACAUGCUGGUGGCCAUCCGACGCGGGGUCCGGCUCCGCAGGACCGUCACCAACGACAGGUCGGCGCCCCGCAUCUUAUGAUGGUGCCACCCUCCCCCUCCCUGUCUGGGCUGGCACAAGUAGGUGGCCUGGUCUGUGAGCAGCGGCCAGCCACUCUGAGCAGUGGCACGAGCCAGAAGACAGAACAGCGCCGGGAAAGAGGCACAGCCACUUUACAGAAAGACAACCAGGCUGAUCUCAGCAUCUCAUGGGAAGUGACUUCCUUUACGCACCUCGCCAGGACAGAGCCUGUUUUAUACUUCCCGUACCUACACAUCCUCCUUCCUGCAGGCCCUGCUUUGUCCCAGCCCCAGAGCCCAUAACCAAGGGCUGGGCCUGCCACAUGGGCCUCCCACCUGGCCUGGGGUCCACAAUCCUCUUCCUCCGGUCCCGCUGUCCCCCAGGGCCAUGUGCCCAGCUCUUUCCUUGAAUGCUGGCUCCCUGUCUCCCUGCCUGGGCCCUGUACCCUCUCCUCUUGCCUUUACCCUGCCUUUCCCAGGCUCCACUCUUUUGGGGGCAGGGUGGUGAUGGGGGGGGCCAGGCACUCAAUCAGCUGACUAUCAAUUUGUGACUGGGGUUAGGCAACAGUCAGGUGUUGGGAAGCCAGGCCCACUCGUGGGGCAAGAGAGCCUCAAGGGAGGAAGUGUAGGGGCUUUGUCUCAGGACCUUCCAGCUCCCCUCCCCCUGUGAGGAGUUGCUAGUGGAGGCCAGGCAGCAGGGGGGUGAGGCCAGAGGCCCACACCAGGUGUUUCAAACAUCCUGCUCUCAUCUGAACACUUUGAGGCUUUAACCCGGGGUACCUUGGGGUUACAGUCUCGCCCAUUGCUGGGGAUAAGGGCUGGAGCAUUAGAGGGUAUGGGGAUUAUUUUAUUACUGUAAUAAAAUGGAGCUGACCCCAGACAAGAGCUUUGUGUGGGGCCAGCUGGUGGUACAGGGUGUGUGUCUGAGUGCCUGAGAGACAGAUGUGGGGGCCCCACCGAGGGCUCUUGGCAGGAGAAGGGUGGAGUCAGCUCUCCCCCAACCAGGGGAAGCUGCUCUUGUCGCCAACGUCUGGAGUGUUGGUAGAAUAAGGCUGGAGAGGGUAGGCCAGGGGCCUGUCUGGCCAGUCUGUUGCGGUCUGAGUGAGCUGCAGGCUCAGCUGAGAGCAAGGCUUAGAAGGUUGGUUUUGACUUUCUGUUGCUGGAGGCAACGCCAUCCCAAGAAAGUCUUCGCCUGCAGCCCUGGCUGGGGCGGGCAGCAGGGCCCAGAGAGAGUGUGGGGACUGCCUCCACUGUGCAACCCACGUGUGAGCAAGUCAAAGCAUGUGUGUGCAGGGCGAGAGGAGGGAUUCAGGAGGUACGGGUAGAGCAGGCAGCAGACUCCCCCGCCCACAGGGAGUCCAGAGAGCAUGCCUUGGUCUGGAUGGAAUGGAGUUGGGACUGACCUGGGCCCAAAGUCAUGGGUGCUCCAAUGCCCAUGAGACUUCUAGAGAAUGAUCUCCAGGUCUGAGACCUGGUCCACCAAACUCAGUUGUCACCAGAGCCCCGAGUAUAGGGUCCAGGAAAGCAGAUAGCUAGAUGUGGAACCCUGGGGUGGCAUAUUGGCUGCACUUUCCCCAACAGGGCUGAUGGAAAGGGAUGCAGGAUGUGGGGUGGGCAGAUGUGGCCCCUACACCCAGGGUGUGACUGGGUCCUGGAGGAGGGGGUCCCUGAGAGAAUGGGCUCACUGCCAUCUGGGGGCUCCAAGCCCUGCUGGGAAGGGCGGUCAGGGACUUUCCAGGAAGAGGAUGGGGUGGCACCCCCACCCCCACUCAGCCUUCCCUUCCCUCCAGGGCUGUACAUACUCCAUCCCCCGUCUGACCCACAGUACCCUCCCUGCUACCACCUCCUCCUUAGUACCCACCUCUCACCUAGGCCCACCCUCGGGAUCCGAGCCAACCAUCCUGCAUCACAGACUUUGGUUUGGGGCUUCUUCACAUACAUUUUAUUUUUCAUUUUGUACAGCAGAAUAUUCUUUUCAAACGUGUCUUUUGACUGAAGUAACUUUUCUGGUGCUGUUAACGUGUUCCUUUCUUUUAAUUUAUUUUGCCACCCCUCCUGGUUCCGACUCACCCUCCCAUCCUCUCGGCCCAUCAGAACCACUUUUUUUCUUUUCUUUCUGUCAAGUUUUGGAUAAAUUCUCCUACCCACCCCCCUUGUCCAUCCUCUCCUUGAUUUAAAUAGUCACUGCUACAAGUAACAAGUGCACUGUGAAGAUUCCAGUAUUAAUAAAGUGGUACUGUAGUUAA